CUUUUCUUCCUUGAUAACUCCCUUCCCCCUUUCCUCCGUUUACUUUUUAAUUGAUCUCACUUACAAAAGUCUAAUUGGUACAGUGGCUUUUGAUUCCCACCGUCCCCCCAUUUUUCUUUUCUCUUUCUUUUUGUUUUAUUGAUUCUUUUUGCCUUGUCGUUGUUUUGCUUUCAUUCCUUCUACGCUCUCUUCCUCCCUCCGUUCAAGGCAACGAAAACAUAGCUUACUAUUCUCAACUCGAUAUCUACUUUUGAUGGAUUACGCCUCAAUUCGGCUGAAAGGAUUUAUUCAAACACAUGAAAAUUUAAAACAUGCAAUUGCUGGUGCUGGCGCUGGAGUUGUCUCGUCUAUGGUAGUCGUACCUUUAGAUGUUGUCAAAACACGGUUACAAAACCAAGGCAAAGCGAAACCUGGUACACUUUUAUAUCGAGGAACAGUUGGUACCUUAUCGAGGAUCUGGAAUGAAGAAGGUAUUCGUGGGCUUUAUCGUGGACUUGGGCCGACUAUCUUUGGUUAUCUUCCUACAUGGGCUAUCUAUUUUACAGCAUAUGAUUACUGUAAAGCACAAUGGAGUAAGGACUUUGAUGGAACUGGACAUGAAUGGUUGGUACAUAUACUUUCUGCAAUGACUGCUGGUGCAACUUCUACAUCUUUAACAAAUCCAUUAUGGGUCAUUAAGACAAGAUUUAUGACACAAAGUGAUAAAACACCAUAUCGCUACAACAAUACGAUACAUGCUUUCCGGACAAUUGCAAAAGAGGAAGGUAUUCGUGGAUUUUAUAAAGGGUUGGGUCCAUCACUGAUUGGCGUUAGUCAUGUUGCUGUUCAAUUCCCAUUAUAUGAAAAGAUGAAAUCAUGGUUUGCUCAAACCGAUGCUACUGCUGGCAACACUGGAAUUUUAUUGGCAUCAUCUUUAUCCAAGAUGGCGGCAAGUACAGCAACUUAUCCACAUGAGGUGAUCCGUACUCGAUUACAAAAUCAAACCAUCAAACCAUUCAAAUACAAGGGAAUCAUUCAUGCAUUCAAAAUCAUAUUAGAAGAAGAAGGAUAUCGUGGAUUUUAUAAGGGAAUGCCAACCAACUUAUUACGAACUGUACCCUCCUCUGCGUUGACCAUUUUGACCUAUGAAGUGAUUGUUCAUCGGCUGGAUAUAUUGAAAAACUCGUAGAUAGCUUACCUUCCAUCUUUUUUUUUUAUAUAUAUUUAUUCUUUUUAUUUGUAGCUAUUAUUAUCAUUCUCUCAUUCUUGUUUUUCAUUUUAUAAUUUUAUACAUACAUUUUACACAUACACACUUUUAUAUUCUUAUUACCAUCUUUACAUCAUCUGCUUUUAUUUUCUCAAUGACCAUCAGAAUAGUUCUUUCAUCUCAUACCAAUUCAAUUCCUCCCUGUUCGCCUUUUAUUUUUAAUCAUGCAUUGUAAAAAAGAAAUAUUCACAAUACCUCCCCUCCGUAGAUUGAUUUUAUUUUAUUAAAAUAUAUGAAAAACUAAUUGAAAAAAAAUUUUUUUUUUGCUUUUGUAGUAGUUCGUUAUAAACGCAAGCGUUUAACCGUCGCGGAUGUUUGUUAUCCGGAUUAUUGAUGCAAACGAGAGAA